CUUUGCAUAAAAAGGCUUAAUCAACUAGAUCAAUUAAAAUUUUUGGUAUACUUCUUAAAUGAUUUAGCUGCGCCGUGCCGGAAGUUGUCACCUAGGAAACCAAAAGCCAUUUUGGCCCAAGUAGCGGCUGUGUUCCAAGACUGAGCACAAUACUUCGCCUCUUGCUAAAUAUAUUUAUAAAGAAAGCAAGAUGGCAACACGAGGUAUUCCACCUGGUCCUUUCACACACACGGCACCUGGGGAUCUAGGUGCUCACCGCGAAACGAUGCUAGAAAAUGAACUUCUUCUGCGUAACAAGUUAGCUUUGCCCAAGUCAAGAGCAUUCAGCUUGCCAGGGGCAGGAUUUACAUAUGGCAGACCUAAUGAGAAACGAGUGUACACGGCUGGUGAUGGUGAUUUAAUGGUGCUUCCCUGUGUCCCAGCAUUAAGAGGGUGGUACGGCUAUGUGAAUGACCUUCCAAGUAGAGCACGAAGAAUACCGGACCGUGACUUCAAGACAUUAAACCAAUGUGCUUUGUCAGCCGGUUUGGUCACAACAAAUGAACACUUUGACUACAGAGCAAAUCAUGACAUUCGCUGCAAGCCAAAAGACCAGAUAAAGAAGGGAUAUCGAAGAUUUCCACCAUGGAUGGUGUUUGGUAUGCCUUCACGGCCAUCCACACCUAUCUUUGAGAUUCUGGAGCACAAAUUUCAGGACAAGUGGAUAACACAACGCUUUAAUCAGUUGGCAAUGCGGCGCAGAGAGGAGGAACAUAUUUCUGGGAAUUCAUCUGUAUCAUCAAAAAAGAAGAAUUGUAUGGGAUACAACACUCGAGCAGCAAAACUACGCACCUUUCAGAAUCCAGUUGAUGAGCAAGCACCCUGGCAGAUGCCUCGCUUUGCAAAGUCGGCCAUGCCUCAUCUUGAGACAUUCCGCAACUCAAAGGCCAAGAAAGAUGCCUUCGAAAACUUUGACCUUGAUCGAGUUAGCAGGAAAGGCACUCUGGGCCAGGGCGUGUAUGAAGAAGCAAAAAAAAAUUAACUAGUCUUUGGGUGCAUUUUACAGUGCUUGCUGAGUCCGUUCCUACUUUUAGAAAGAAGGUCCAGGCUUGCACAGCUGAGCUUGGGAAGGCAUGUCCUGUCUCAAAACAAAGAUGCUGAAAAAUUAUAGAGAAAAUUAAAUAGGAUUCUCCACAGGCUUUUAAGCUUGUACAUUUUUGUUUCAAUUCUAGUUAUAAUUUACUGAUAUAUAUAUAAAACAAUAAGCAGUAUUAUGGAAAGAUUGCUUUUUCUGGCAGUUGUUGAGCCUGUUUUCAGAAUGUUGUUUUUAUGUAUUUAUUUAUAAGGAACUAUUUUUACUUGAUGCCUUGAUAUUUUCAUGGAAAUACUGCUGCCUGCCUCUAACCUGCUGAUUUUGACUGUCGAUUUUUAUUCCAGAGGCUUUGCCAUUUGAAAAUGUCAUUCCUUUGAUAUUGUAUCUUCCUGAUCUCUAUAGCUAUAUAUUGCUCAACCCCUGUUUGAUUAAAUAUCAUUUUUGUGGUAAUAGAUUAGCAGACACACACACAUGGUUCUCCAGCAAGCCACUGUUUUUGUUUUUUUUUGUAAUGUGGCAUAGUCUGAAGGAAGAGAAAUAUUUACAGAAGUCAUAAUGUUCUUUGAAAAGUUAAAAGUUUGUCUCUUUCUAAGUAAUUAGUAGAAAUAAUUCUUAAACAAACUAAAAUAGUGAGAUAGUACAGCAUUUAGCUUCAAUUUUAAAUCUUGAAAUAUUCUUUGGUUCACAAUAUGCCAAGCACAACCUUAUAUGUAAUAAGAUUACUAUGAUCAUGGAUUACUAAUUUACUAGAUUACUAUAAGAUACUAAAGACAGAUACAUUUGUUCUUGAGAAUGACGUCUGUUAAGAACCAUGGCUCUGUGACAAACAUCACACCGAGAGAGUAAUUUGUUGAUAUAAAUGCUACAGAUAUUGCAUUACUGUACAAGCCCUAAUGCCACCAUCACAAACAGAUUGCAGGCUUCGGAAAGAAAAUCAAGCAUUAGCUACUCAUAUCAAUACAAUGGCUAUGUACUUGGAUGAAGAGUUUGGUAGAAAUGCGCCCCUAAAGAUAUGGCUCAAUGCCAAAAGAUAGACAGCUUCAGGUGAAAUAGCAUGUAUACACUGCAAAUAAUAAAUAUGAUCUUAAAUAUGCUGACUAUUGUACUUAUUUUAAAGGACAUUAAUGAUCCAGCUCUAGAAUUUUUGUAUGCCAAGGCUUCCACAGUAUAGAUUGAUACUUAUCUUCUUACGCUUAUGAGAGAAUUUAUUGAAAGCCAGUGGAUCUCUAGAUGUGGCAGAUGAAAUCUGCCUCCCUUCUACACAAAUGAAAAAUAAAGUUCAGGUUAUGUUUUGGAGC